AUGAAUUCUCGACAAUCUAUCAAAGAACUAGAACGAUAUAAUAAUGAAAUAACUGCCAAGUUUGAGGAAGUCAAACAGGAAUCCAUGAAUUUUAACGAAAGUCUUGUGCGUAGAAUUCAACAAUUAGAAAAUGAUUUGUCACAAGUGAAGCAUAUAAAUCAAGAAUUAAUGGAAGAAAAUGGAAGGUUGAAUUCUAUAAUGCAGCGAAAUGACUCUGGUUCAGAAAAAAAACAUACAGAACAAGUUACUAAUGAUACUGAGAGUAUUUUCCCGCAAGAUGAUACUCUUUCUGCCGAGUUGGAUCGUGCAUCUUUAUUAAAUACUAUUAUGCCCUUUAGCGAGCGUGUUCAUAAAGAGAGUGAUCAUGCUAUCAUUGAAAAAUUACAAGAAAAAGUUAGGUCUCUUAAUGACGCCAAUAAGUCUAUGAGUCUUUAUAUUGAAAAGAUUCUUAAUCGUAUUAUGGAAGCUCAAGGUUUUGAAGAAGUUUUAUCUUCGGCACCAGAAAGGAAAAAUCCAUCGGCACCCAAUUCUGCAAUACCUACUACUACAAGAUCACUUAGUCUCAAUCAUAAACAGAAACAAGAAAACAAUACUAAGAAAUUUGAAAGACGUAAAUCUUGGUCUGGAAGUCACGAAUGCAGCAAUUUUCAAAUUAAAAAUAGUGGUAGGAUAUUAAACGACAAAAUAAUAGUUGAAGAGCCAGAUCAGAUUUGUUAUCCUUUACCAGGUGUUAGAAAAUCAAGAGGAGAAACAAUUACUCUUGGUGAAGCACAAAAACACAUACAAAGAAAAAGUUCCGCAUCAAGUGCUAAAAAUACAAAACGUUUUAGCAUCUUUAAUUGGGUUGGAAGUGUAACAAAAGAAGAGAAGAAGGAAGAUCCAUUUAUGAAACCUAUGAUCCUCGUACAAGAAAAAGAGAGAAAAGGAUCAAAUUAUAUAUGA